CGCUGUCAUUAGCUGUGGGCCAAAAAAAAAACCAACGCGUUCGCUUCUCUUUUGGAAUUUAUGUUACUGUAACAAGGCUCGCUUUUGUGUUUCACUCGGAAAAACUUUAAGAUUUCGGAUACAAUUAUGUCAACAAUGCGUUAAUUGCUAUAAUAAUAACAAUAAUUGUGUGAUCAAUGUUAUUUUAUGGAGAGAAUAGGCUUUUUUACGGAUCAAUAUCCCGCCCUCAGAAAUGUCUCCGUAGGGGCUAGCGUCACUGCAAAUGGAGACAACAAAGUCUGGCGCAGGAAUUACAGACCACUGGAUUAAAAGUAUGAUGGAGCCGGCCGGCAGCGACAAACAAGUACAGAUCGACAAUAGAUCAUCGGUGAAACGCGAGAAGAUGGCAGAAGCGUACAACGGGCAAGACAACAACAUCAGCUACGAGAUGAAGCAGCCAGAGGGCAGGUACCGUUGCGACGUGUGCGACCUGGCGUUCGAGGGCAUGGAGUAUCUGAUGUUGCACAAAAAGUUCCACGGAAACGACAAAGACGCCAUGGCCGUGGAGCCCGAUCCCCCGGCGGCGAAAGAGGGCCCGAAAAAACGCCGCAAGUUCAAAUGCGACCAAUGCGACGUGAAAGUCAACUCCCAGUACCACCUAGACAUCCAUCGCAGCAAGCACGAAGGUAACGCUUCCAAAAAGUUUAUAUGUCAAGUAUGCGACCGCAGUUUCGUCGCUGCACAGUUCCUAAAAAGCCAUAUGCAGUCUCAUUCUUCCACGAGCACUAUCAACUGUGAGAUUUGUAACAAGAAUUUCACAGGGCAAGCGUACUUGAAACUUCACAUGCAGCUACACAAUGACAUAAAGAAGUUCAAAUGUUCCAAGUGUGACGAGAUGUUCCCAACCAAGAACUGUUUGAAGAUUCACAUGAAGAAACAUACGAAAGUCAAAAAUUUCAAAUGUGACUGCUGUCACAAGUUGUUUGUCUCCAAAAUUACUAUGGAGAAGCAUCGCCAGAGCCACGAAGGGCAGCCAAUGGACUGUCACGUCAAAUGUACUCAAUGUGACCGGACUAUGCACUCUUCAUUGGUCCGGACUCACAUUGCCCGAGCUCACCCUUCGACCAUAGAUGAUGACGUCAAGAGACCCCACAAAUGUAUGACGUGUGGCAAAAGUUUUAUCGUUAAGAUCAAUCUCAAUCUUCACAUCAGAGUGUGUCAUCCGGACCUUGCUGAGCCUGAGGACGAGGACGAUGAUGUCAUGACGGACAAUUCUUAGUUUUAGUUUUAGCUAUAUAUCAUGUAUUACUAUUAAUAAAUAAUUAUACUUUUUUAUGCUAACAUUA